AUGAAACGCCAGCACAGACUCGAGGUGGACAAGCCCGGAGUGGACCGGGAUUGGCGGCUAGACGACUUCCAGUUGGGUCGUCCACUCGGUAAAGGCGCUUUUGGGAGCGUCUACUUGGCCAGGGACAAGUAUGAAGAAGUUCCCAUUGCGAUAAAGGUUUGUUCCAUCAUACUUUGUAUCAAUUACCUUUUGAUCUUCCAUGGACAAUAUAAUUUUGAUCGUAGUUUAGAUAAUCUUCAAAAGCAAGUUGAAAUCAAGAGAAAUGGAGGAGAAUCUGGUCAGAGAGAUCACAAAUCAUACGCAUUUAUUGUAGGUGUCUUUCUUUUUUGUCUUUGAAUUUUAGGUAACAUUGCACAAGAUUGAUCUCUAUUUGCAGGCAUCCGAACAUUUUGCGGCUUUAUAAUUACUUCUACGAUGACCGAAAAGUCUACAUCAUGUUGGAGUUAGCGUUGCAUGGAGAAGUCUACAAGGUUUUGCAGAAGUGUAAACGGUUUCACGAAAUCGACGCGGCUAAAGUGAGGUUUGUAUUAUAAGUCAUGUAAUUUUGCUACUCGUACUGGAAAGAGCUGUCGCAGAGCUCAGUUCUAACUUGUAAUUUAUUUUUAUCAUCAGGAUGCUGAGUGAGAAGGAAGAAGGAACUAAUUUUUACAUUGUUUUAGUACAUCUAUCAAGUCUCCGAUGCGUUGGACUAUUGUCAUGAGAAGAAGGUGAUUCAUCGAGACUUGAAGCCCGAGAAUCUGUUGUUCGACGAGGACUACAACAUAAAAUUGGCAGAUUUUGGUUGGUCCGUCCAUUCUACAAACCAUAGGUAUGUCUGAUAUUACACUUGAAAUUUCUUUAAAAAUUUAGGCGAACUUUCUGCGGAACCUUGGACUAUAUGGCGCCGGAGCUCGUUCUACAGAAGGCACACUCGUUUCCAGUGGAUUAUUGGUGCGUCGGCGUGUUGUUGUUCGAGUUUUUGACUGGGGAUGCCCCCUUCUACGCGAAAAACGAGGUGGCGACAAUGAAGAGGAUCCAAACCGGCCUUUUUAAGAUCCCGAAUUUUUUGAGCAAAGGUGCUGUCGACCUAGUGCAGAAGGUAAUGUGUCAAUUCAUCUUUUUUGAAUUGUUCAUGACGUCAAUUCAUAUUAACCAUGACGGUUUUAGUUAGUCCGGCUAGAACCCAAAAAACGGUUAGACCUCAAAGGAGUCAUGUCUCAUCCAUGGAUCGUGGAGCAAUUAGCCGCCAGAUGUAAAGCACAGGAAAUGUAA